AUGGUGGAGGCCGAGCGCGGCUCCAGCACCUCGACCAAGCCUGGGUGUCUCGACACCUCGCGCGACUUUCUUUCCCUCGCUUCUCCUCCGCCUUCGUCUUUUUCUCGCUUCAACAUCGACCUCGACGCAGUCGCAGCAUCUCGACUUGCCGCCUCUCCGGUCCCCUCCAGCAGGAAGCGACUUCGGCCGGACUGUCUCUCGCCCCGCGCCUCUGCGGCCUCACCUGUUCCCUGUCCGUCGCCCAGUGCCCGCACCGCUUCUCCCUCGCCUUCUCCUCGACUCCGCGCCCCGCCCGUCUCGCGCUACCUCCAGCAGCUCCACCCAAGUCUUCUUCCUCCUCCGUUUCGGCGCCUGGUCGUGCAUGCAUUGGAGCGAGAGGCGCGGGCGAAACAGACGCGCACAGACGAUGAAGCCUCUUCCUCUGUCUCUUCCGCCUCGGCCUUUUCGGCGACGGCGAUCUAUCACCUGCCGACCCAGACCGCCUCUGUGUCGCAGGCUCUGUUGCCCUCGUCCAGCAUCUUUCUCCUCGGCUUUCUCCAGUACCUGCGGAGUCAGCGCCGCGAACACCAGGCGAAGCAGAGACAGCUACUCCUCGAGUCGCUGCUGCAUGCAGACCGCUUCGCCGCGCCGCUCUCGGCCUCCUCGGCCCUGACGUCUGCGCUCCGGGCCCUGUACGAGGCGAAGCCGCACCUCUGCUUCACGUGUUCGCGCCGGUUCGCGACCUCUGCGCAGAAGACUGCGCACUUGCGCAUGCACAUGGAACUCCAGCAGUUGUCCCAGACCGAAGAGGCGAGCGUCUUCUCUCGGCGGAAAGGCCACGCCGUCCGUCAACGCCUCGCAGCUGCAGCCGCCUCGCGUCCCCUCUGGGGCGGCGUCUCCGCCUGGAUCCAAGUCGCCGCGGCUCCCGACGUCUUCCAGCGGAAACGGAUGCUCCUCCAGAGCCAGCUGAUGCUGCCGCUUGGCCUCGGGGCGGGUGUACAGACUCCACACGCAAGCGGGUGCAGAGCCGCGGAAGAGACCCUCGGCUCCGUGCGGGUUUUUUUGGCUGAGCGGGUCGCGGACCUUCGCAGCUUCGCCGCCCUCGAAGCGAAACAGACGCGCGGGGACGGAGGGGCCGACUGGGGACCUGACGAGACACGCAAAUUCCCGUCCUGGUUCCCCAGACGCCUCCAGCGCUGGCUAACCGAGGAGUGGGACGUUGCAUGCGCGCCAGGGACCGAGCGAGAGCGAGAAGGCGCCCCGGGUGGGAGAGAAGAGGACGAAGGCAGCCUGCGUGAGGAGCGAGAGACGAUGGACUGCGAGCAGGAGCGGGAACCCGAGUCAGAACCGCGAAACGCACAUAAGCCGUUUAUGACAAAGACGGAAAUGCGGACGUGGGCCUGGGCGUUUCAGGACUGCGAAAACCAGCACGAACACGACACGGCCGCCCGAGAAAUCUGCUCCCUGUCCUGCGUCGAGAGUGACGCGCGCGGUGUACGUACACCCCAGGACGGGAGCGAGGCGAUCGCCGAUCCAAGCAGCCACGCUUUCGCGGUAGGGGAAGGGGACCCAGGAUGCGCGCCGUCUCCUCCGGGAACCAGAUCGAUCGCUUUCCCGGCCGACGCACAAGAGGAAGGCCGCGACCUUCCAGAACCGGAUGCAGACCAGCCGCGGGCUUCGCUAGCUGGCGUGUCCCGAGGUGUAUGUACACCCAACGGAGCGCUGUGCCCGGUGGUCCGCGCCGCGCAGCGGACUCUUCUUCGGCAGUUGACUCGAGAGGUUUGCCUGCACCUCGGUUCUCUCUCUUCUUUUUUUGAGGAGGGGUCGUCAUCUCUCGUCUCCCCUUCGUCUUCUGUUUUGCGUCUGCCUCUCUCGCAGGCGGCUGAAGAGGCAGCAGCGAUCGCCGCCGCCGAGGAUCCUCCUCGGCUGUUCCUGGACUCUGCGUCGGCGCCGCUCUCGACUUGCGCCUUCUGCGGCGAGCCGUUUGCGAUUGUCUUCAACGAACUCCAGCAAACGCUGCUUCUGCACGGCGCGGUGACCGUCGCGUGGGAGGCGACGGCGCUUCUCGAGCGCCUCGCGCGGCAACUCUCUGCGCUUCGCCCGGAAGCGACGAAGCCUGGAGACGCGACAGAUGACCCAGAGACGCCUGCGGGUCGGCUCGAGGGCGGAGGCUCGGCUCUGAAGGAAGAGGUCCAUGUGAACGGGGACGCGGCAGCCCGAGAGGGCCCGCAGGCCCUCGGCAUCUGUGGGGAAGUGAAGAUCCAGGAAGAAGGCACGAAGAGGGAAGAAACGGAGGGAACUCGCUCGCCAAAACCGGAGCUCGCCAACUCGCGCGCGCCUGCUGCGCCUGUCGGAAAGUCCGACGAAGGCAGCGCGAGGAGCGGGGCACUUCCACUCUCCGAGACGCUGCCUCUCGGGAGGCAAACUGGCCACGCCUCGGAGCGGCCGCUUUCUUCCACGCGCCCAGCGUCACUUCUUCUCCCUCACCUCACGCGAAGCAGCGACGCGACCGACGCGUAUGCGCUCCACUGCCUGCAGCAGGUUCCGCACGCUUCGUCUUCGGCGUGUCAGCAGUUGUGCGGCCGGUGGAGCCUUCAGCCUGCGGUGUUGUCUGUGGCAGAGACAGUCGAGGCUGUCUCUCGGGAGAACGCCUCAGCCGCGCGCCAAGAACAGCCUGGAGACUCGGCGCGCGAGAUAGAGCGACAGGCGAAGAGUCUCGAGGAAGCUGUGGCGCUGCUGGAAGGUGCCGUGGCGACCGGCGAUUUCUUGCAUGCAGACGACGUGCUCCGCGCGUUCGCGGAGGUCGAGGGCGAGCGAGACAAAGCAGAGACAGAAAACUGCGCGCCUGUUCUCACGACGCGCCACGGAGCGCGGCCUGGAGGCGAUGCGAGGCAUCCAUCGCCUCUGGAUGAUCUCCUGGUGGAGUGCACGGAGAAUAAAUCCGUUUUUUCUCGCGAGGCGUUUGAGACCGCCGGAACGGCACCAGACACCUCGCCAGAGCGCCAGGAUAAGAUACAGAAAGCGAGAAAGGACGUGAGGGAAACAGGGACUGUGGAAACAGUGGAAGAGCUGUUUCCGCCUAAUGUGGUGUAUCUACACUGCUCAUGUUUCACUCAGUUGCUCCGCGAGAGCGAAGCGCUCCUGCGGCUUGUGCGCCUUUUGCGGGAGCACAAAGCAACUGUCGUGUCAGCGUUCGAACCUUUGGGGGCCGAUCGAGGCCUUGACAAAAUGAGUUUGCAGCUGGAAGAGACUCUCGAGAAACUCUCGGCCUUCCAUCGUCUCCGUCCUUCCCUCGACAGCGAGGCAGGCGUUUCCCGUCUGUUAGCCGAGGAGCUCCGCGGUGGUUUCCCGCACCGUGCAGUUUUCUCGGGGAAACGCGAGAGAGAAGACGGAAAGGCAUGCAAAGUCCGCUCAAGAGAAGAGAGCAAAGAAUCUCCGACUGCGACGCGUGUGCCUUGGGCGAGAAUCCGAGCCACAGACCGGGCGAGGCGUCGGCGCUUCCGCUGA